CCCAUAGGUAUCCGUUAUCCCGCCUACACACAAAGCCUCAAAUUCCUCGUCCCAUCAUUCCUCUGUAUUUUCCCCACGGAUAAGUUCAUAACACAUACAGUGCAUAGAUCGUUUUCCAUUACAAAAUGUCCACUUCAUCGGUACGCCGAAUAAAAGAACGCGCCGGCGGAGGCGCCAAAAUUGCCGCAGCCCCCACCGGGAAAAUCUCACCGGGUUCAGGGAAGUCCAUUUCCGCAGGGAAGGAGAAUCCCAGACCAACAUCGCGGGUUCGGGCUGCAACACAGAAGCAUAGCAUAAGGCCCAUGGCCCGGAUAGACAAGUCCCCGGCGGCUCAGGUGGUGGUGGAGCCACGCUCCAGGUGGUCUACUUCGUCGGCGCCCAGAGAUAGGAGCUCUAGCCCCUCCGAGUUUACGAGGGUUUUAUCUGAUUUGAGGAAAAAUUCUUCCAGGGUUUCUCUUGGCCCACCCCAGAGUAAAGUAAGUGGUGUCGGUACGAAGUGUUUGAAUGAGAAAUCCGGUAAAUGUGUUCUUGAGAAAAGGGUUUUAAAAGAUUUGGUAAAAGAUGGGGAAAAUUUAGGUGAGUUGGAGGGGAAUUUUCAAGAAACGGAGAAAAUAGAUGUUAGAGUCGUGAAUAAUGGGACUAUUGAUAGAAAGGAGGAAAGCGUGAGAUCAGUUUUGCGGGAAAGGCAGGAUCUUGAGAAAAGGGUUUCGAAAGAUUUUGCUAAGAAUGGCGGAAAUCUGGAGGAGUUGGAGGUGGAUUUUCAAGAAAAUGAGAAAAUUAAUGUUAGGUUUUCUGAUGGCAAUAGUGGAAGAAAGGAUCACAGUUUGAGCUCAAUUUCGGGCAGAAGCGGGAAUCUUGAGAAUGAAAUGUCUAGUUUAGAGUCUCAUUUGGAAAGUAACAAAGUCCCCGAGGAAGUAAGUAUACAUUCUCACAAAGUUGGAGUUCUGAUUGGUUUGAGUUCACGGGAGUCAAAAAUUGUGAAUAGAGCUAGUGAUCUUCCUGGAGUUAUGAGAGAAAAUGUCCCCGACAAGUGUUCCAGUAAGCUUCAAGAAAAACUUGCCUUUUUGGAAGGUAAAGUAAAGAGGAUAGCCUCUGACAUAAAGAGAACUAAAGAGAUGUUAGAUAUGAAUAAUGCAGAUGCUUCCAAAAUGAUAUUGUGUGAUAUUCAGGAAAAGAUUACAGGGAUCGAGAAGGCGAUGGGUCAUAUUGAUGGUAGUGAUGGAGAUACCAAGAUGGGGUUAGUGAAAAAUGGAGAAAAUCAGGAUGAGAAAGAAACUAAGAAAGUUAUGGAUGCUAAAAGUUUAGUUAAGGGGUUGACUGUUGAAGAACUGGAAGAACGGUUGUUUCCUCAUCAUAAGUUGAUGAGAGAUAGGACCUUGUCAAAGAAAACAUCCGGAGAUUAUCAGACUAAUACAUUAAAAGUAGGUGAAUCGACGAGUACAUUUGACUCUGAUGAGGAGAAAGUAAUUUCUGCCGAUGAUGAGAUUAUUGCUUUGGAAUUCCUGGCUUCUUUGAGUAAGGAAGAAUUUGGUCCAGAGGCAAGUAAGAUUCAUGAAAUGGAUGACUCUGCGACUUCUGUGGCAGAAAGUAGUUCUCUAAAUGUAUUAAAUGACAGAGGUAAUAUUGAUGCUUUGCUGAUGGCUGACGAAAAGCUUAAUGACUUCGACGAUCAAGAGGGAGUGCCAGCCAUGACAUUUGAGGAUGAGGAGGAGGAGGAAGAGAAUUAUACACUUAAGUUGAAUGAUAUUGGAAGCAAGACCUCAACUGGAGGAUGGUUUGUGUCAGAAGGGAAGUAUGUUGUUCUUGCUCAUAAUGAUGGCUCUUGUUCUUUCUAUGACAUUGUUAACUCUGAGGAGAAGGCUGAAUACAAGCCACCUGCUGGAUUCUUACCAAACAUGUGGAGAGAUUGUUGGAUAAUCCGUGCCCCUGGUGCAGAUGGAUGCUCUGGGAAAUAUGUUGUGGCAGCAUCUGCUGGAAAUUCAGUGGAUUCAGGGUUCUGCUCAUGGGAUUUUUACACAAAAGACAUACAUGCUUUUCACUUUGAGAAUGAAACCACCCAUAUAAGAACAGCCGUAGCCCCUUUACCAAACAAAUCUGUGGCUCCUGAAAACCGACAAUGGUGGUACAAACCAUGUGGACCACUUAUUAUAUCAUCAGCUAGUUGUCAAAAUAGGGUGCAAAUUUAUGAUAUUCGCGAUGGGGAGCAAAUAAUGAAAUGGGACUUGCAGAAGCCUGUGUUGGCAAUGGAUUACUCAAGUCCUUUGCAUUGGAGAAACAGAGGGAAAGUGGUAAUAGCAGAAUCAGAAGCGAUUUCUCUGUGGGAUGUCAGCUCUCUUAGUUCUCGGGCAUUGCUGUCAGUUUCCUCAUCUGGUCGUAAAGUUUCUGCUCUUCAUGUCAAUAACACUGAUGCAGAACUAGGUGGAGGCGUUAGACAAAGAAUUAGUUCACUGGAAGCAGAAGGAAAUGAUGGUGUUUUCUGCACACCCGAUUCCAUUAACGUGCUGGAUUUCAGACACCCCUCUGGUAUAGGUCUUAAGAUACCCAAAGUUGGAGUCAAUGCUGAUUCAGCUUUCUCUCGUGGGGAUUCAAUCUACAUUGGAUGCUCUAGCUUAAUGUCAUCCGGGAAAAAGCAGUGCACUUCUCAAAUCCAACAGUUUUCACUGCGCAAACAGAGGCUUUUAUGCACAUACGCCUUACCAGAAUCAAACGCUCAUAACAACCUUACAGCAUUGACGCAAGUUUGGGGGAAUGCAAGCCAUGUCAUGGGAGUUUGUGGACUUGGUUUAUACGUUUUUGACUCCUUGACAGACGACAAACUACCGUUUCUCUCAAUGAAUUACGGCCACACACAAAAUGUCAAAGAAGUUAUCGGACCAGACGACAUGUAUUGUCCGUCUUUUGAUUACUUGGCUUCCAGGAUUCUCAUCAUAUCCAAAGAUCGUCCAGCUCGGUGGAGGUACUUAAGUGUAGACAAUACUUUGAGCCCACAUGGAUUAGGCAAUAACUUAUUGCCUGUUCUUUUCCGUAUUGGCAAUUAGAGAUUUUAAAUUUGCUUCUGCGAUUGUGUGAGAUCCCUUUCAGAUGCAGCUUUGUUUGUAGUUACUGUAUCAUAUAUCUGCUAUUUUUUUUUUCUUCAUUUUCUGUUUUUGAAUGGGAAUUUUGAAGUAAUAAAAAGUUGAUGUUACUGUGAA